GAGCACAGCUCUCGUCUAAAAAUGCUUACAAGCGAUGACGGCUUUUCAUUGGUUGUUAGAAGGACCACGUGAACGUGCUAAGAAGAAGGCACGCGACGAAGGCACACAAGAAAGGCACAGUCAGCUGCCUAACGUCCGGUUGGCUAGUUCGAAGCCAUCUCGUUCUUAUCAAGGUAGACGCGUGUAAGAAAUAAACAUCAACAUGGCGGACGAUGAGAGGAAGCGUCUCGAGGAUGAAAAGAAGAGGAAACAGGCGGAGACCGAUAGGAAGAGGGCUGAGGUCCGAGCCCGCCUCGAAGAGGCUUCCAAAGCUAAAAAGGCUAAGAAAGGUUUCAUGACCCCUGACAGAAAGAAGAAACUAAGACUCUUGUUGCGUAAAAAAGCUGCGGAAGAAUUGAAAAAAGAGCAGGAAAGAAAAGCUGCAGAAAGGAGACGUAUCAUCGAGGAACGUUGUGGAAAACCAAGGAACGUCGAUGAUGCUAACGAAGCCGAGCUCCAGACGAUCUGUGCUGACUAUUGGCAAAAAGUAUACGCGCUCGAGGGCGAUAAGUACGACCUCGAGAGACAAAUUAGAAUGAAACAAUUCGAGAUCGCUGACUUGAACAGCCAAGUGAAUGACCUUCGAGGUAAAUUCAUGAAGCCAACCCUGAAGAAGGUUUCGAAAUACGAGAACAAAUUCGCCAAACUUCAAAAGAAAGCGGCCGAAUUCAACUUCCGUAAUCAAUUGAAACAAGUCAAGAAAAAGGAAUUCACUCUGGAGGAAGAGGACAAAGAGAAUGCGUCAAAAGAUAAGAAAAAACCUGACUGGUCGAAGAAGGGCGAUGAGAAGAAGGAACCCGAAGCUCCUCCACCUCCUCCUCCAGCGGAAGUUCCUCCACCUAAGGAACCGGAACCUGCACCCGCUCCUGCUCCUGUUCCUGCACCUGUACCAGAACCAACACCGCCUGCUGAACCACCAGCACCAACACCAGAACCAGCUCCUCCAGCAGCUGCUCCACCAACAGAAGGUGCUCCACCAGCUGAAGGUACAGCACCACCACCACCUGCCGAAGGAUCUGCCCCGCCUCCAGCUGAAGGCGCACCACCUCCAGCCGAAGGUGCACCAUUAGCCGAAGGAGCACCAGCUACAGCGGCCCCAGGUGAAGGAGCUCCAUCAGCAGAGGGUGCUCCUGCUCCAGCUCCAGCUCCUCCUGCUGAAGGUGCACCACCAACGGAAGGAGCUCCACCAACUCCAGCUUCAACGACCGAAGGUGCAGCUCCUCCGGCGGAGCCAGCAGCCGCUCCAGAAGCGGCUCCAACUGAUGCAGCACCAGCAGCAGCACCACCUACGGAUGCUUCAGCCACACCAGCAGUAGCUCCACCAGCUGAUGCUGCAGCACCAGCUACACCAGUACCAGCACCAGCUGAUGCCGCCGCACCACCAGCGGCACCAGUACCAGCACCAGGUGAUGCAGCCGCACCACCAGCAGCAGCUCCACCAGCAGCGGCACCAUCAGCAGAAGCUCCACCUGCGCCAGCGCCUACAGAAACUAAUCUUGUUUUGAUUUUGAGAGUUACAAUCGUCAUCAGAAGAACAAUUUCAUCAACAAAUAGAGCUAAGUACAUCACGAAUGGUACGUCGAGAAAAAGAAAAUUGAGAACGUAGUAGACAAGGAUCAUUAGUAAAACAAUUAGUAAUAGUAUCUCUUCAUCUAUUAGAAAUCUAUUAGUAAAACAAUUACUAAUAGUAUCCUGUCAUCUAUUAGUAAUCGUUUAGUUUAAUUAGUUGAAAAGUGUCAUGAUAAAGUAAUCUCAUCUCAAGGCGUCUUAGUACGCGCGUUGUUCUUCAUAGUUAAUCUAUCUUCCUCAUCGUCUCUAUCUCGUCUCGUCUAUCUCAUCCAUCAUCAUUCAUAAACAUUGCCAAAGGUGCAGCAUCUUGUCGAAUCUCAAAAUACUCGAGAUAUAUGGUUUGUUAUGUAGUUUAUCGUUGACAAAUAACUCUGCUUGCGACGUUGGAGCGUCUCUUCGAUGAACUCGUUCCAUUUGCUAAUUACUUUCAAUGCAAUUAGAAUAAAUUUAUUGUUUUAUUGCAGCACCUGCCUCGUAAUUUCGUCGAGACGGCCAGUGAAGGACAAAGACUUAAUCUUUGUUGACCACAGCGAACACAUCGGCACUAUUCUUCGUUUAUCGUCAUUGACUGUCAUCAUCGUCGUCGACGCCUUUAUUCAUCGUGAUCAUCUUUGUGAAGAAGAGAUAAACGAAAAAGAAGAAGCAUCUUAUCGUCAAUUACGAUAACUCUGUAACGAACGCCAUGUCAUUAACAAACAAAAACAUUCUAUACGAUUUACAUUUUACCUUAAACGGUCAUAGAGUUCGUUAAAAUUCUUCUAUACGAAAUAAAAACAAAUCGUAUAGAAUAUUA